AUGGAUGGAAAUCGAAGAUAUGCUAAAAAGCGGAAGUUGAAGGAAGGGGAUGGACAUAGGGUUGGGUUUUUGGCUCUGAUGUCCAUGCUCAAGUAUUGUUAUGAGUUGGGAGUUAGAUAUGCGACUAUAUAUGCCUUUAGUAUUGAUAAUUUCAAAAGGGACCCUGAAGAAGUUCAAUCCUUGAUGGACCUGAUGCGGGAGAAAAUUGAAGGGUUAAUCAAGGAAGAAAGUAUAGUUAACCGAUAUGGAAUUAAGGUACACUUUAUAGGGAACCUAAAACUCUUGAGUGAACCUGUUAGGUUGGCAGCUGAGAGGGCUAUGGAGGCCACUGCCAACAACUCCAGAGGAGUUCUGUCAAUAUGUAUUGCCUACACUUCCACUGAUGAGAUUGUGCAUGCUGUUCAAGAAUCGUGCGAAGAAAAAUCAGAUGAAAUUAGUGUAAUGAAUGCAAGUGGAGCUGGGUAUGGUCUACUUCAACUUGGAGGGAAUGAAAAGGAAGAAAGGGAUAACAUUGUAAAAUUGACAGAUAUUGAAAAGCAUAUGUACAUGGCUGUUGCACCUGACCCUGAUAUUCUAAUCCGUACUUCUGGCGAGACCCGGUUGAGCAAUUUUCUUUUGUGGCAGAGUGCACACUGUUAUUUGUACUCUCCAUCUGUGCUCUGGCCAGAGAUUGGUUUCCGGCAUUUCGCUUGGGCGAUCUUGAGCUUUCAGCGUAGCUACUUUUAUCUGGACAGAAAAAGGAAACAGUCAUAA